GAUAUCACAUUAUUUUUACAUACAAUUACCCAUUUAUACAGUUGGGUUUUUACUGGAGCAAUCUAGGUAAAGUACCUUGCUCAAGGGUACAACAGCAGUGUCCCCCACUGGGGAUUGAACCCACAACCCUCCGGUCAAAAGUCCAGAGCCCUAACCACUACUCCACACUGCUGCUAUGUACUUUGCUUAAACAAAUACAUUUCAAUUCGUGGCUGUUGUGUGCAAAAUGCAUGCAUUUUCCAGGUGUGUCUGAUUAAACCUUAAAACCCUUAUCAGUGUGAUAAUCAGGUACGUUAGAUAAAUAAGGUAACCAUGAGUGAGAGAGAAGUACAGCCUGGCACCCUUAAAGUACUCUGCCUGCGGUCAACUCCAUUAUAAUGGUUCGUUCUUGAAAACACACACAAGGUAAGCUUAAUUUUUUAUUCUCAUUACAUUUCAAUUUCCAUAGUGUUCAGUAACAAACUUUAGAUUUAUUUGAACUGAUGUCAGUUUCUCUUUUGAUUGUGCGUUACAUAUUCACAUAAGGAAGUAAAUAGUUAAUUGUUUUAAAAGAAAUUGAAGAGACAUUCUAAAAUAAAAUAACUAAAACAUUAUUGCUUCUAUUGAGUUUGUUAAAAUAAUUUACAGGAAAGGGAUCAAAGUCGUGUUUCUUCUCGUCUGAAUGGAUUUUUCUCAGUAAAUCUUUUGGUGGGGGGUUUUAGUCUCUUAUUUGUAUACAGGUACAGUAAAACAAAUUCUGGUAAUUGUUUUUUGUGGAGGUGUAAAAACAGAAACCUUAAAUACAUGAAUAAAGGGAAAGCACAUUUUAUUAUACUUUCCUAUAUAACAACAUGGCACAUUUAGUAUUAAAUUAUAAAUAGAAGAUUGAUACAGUAUAUCCAAAAUAAAUACAAACAUUGAUUGUUCUAUGUUAAAUGUUUGUUGUGUUGAAAGUGUAGGGUUUUAUUGUUACGAAGGAAUGCUUGUUUGGUUGCCCCUGUAGGUACAGCAACAUCCAGAGGACUAUUUGAAAUGGAGAAUGCCUACAGUGAACAGACAGUUACAAGCUGCAACCCGGCUUACCCAUCCACACAGGCACUCCCUGGAUACACUCCACAAGGAAACUCCAAGCAGGGCCACCCUCCUCCUGCCCAGUCAGGAUCCAGAGUAGGUUUUGGGAACCCUGCUUCUCUCUCUCCAGCACCAGCAGGGACAGGAUUCACAGUGGGGCCCUCAUCCCCACAGGAUGACCCUCCGCCAGAGUACUCCAACAGCUUCGCUGAUGCACCACACAAUGUUUUUUCUGAGAAGGCCAUUAGAAGAGCUUUUAUCAGGAAAGUCUACCUAAUCUUGAUGGCCCAGCUAAUAGUUACUGUUGGUUUCAUCUGCAUGUUUGUGUACUGGAACACACUCAAUGAUUGGAUAUGGAAGAAUCCAUGGUUUACAUAUGCCUUGGUUCCUGUGUUAUUUGUUCUGAUCAUUAUUUUGUCUUGUUUUGAAAACGCCCGCCGGAAAGUCCCAUUAAAUUUCAUUUUCCUUGCAUUGUUUACUAUUGUUGAAGGUCUGAUGCUUGGGUCUACAACAGUUUUUUUCACAGCUGAUGCUGUGAUGUGGGCUGUUGGAGCGACUGCAUUUGUAUCUUUUGGACUGUCGGUGUUUGCAAUGCAAACCAAAGUGGACUUCACCAUAGCAGUUGGAACAAUAUGGGCUGUUUGCUUGUCACUGUUAGCAUUUGGAAUACUAUGUGCAAUCAUUCGGAGCCGCUGGCUGCAGAUAGUUUAUGCUUCCAUUGGAACAUUGAUCUUUGCAGUUUAUCUGGUUAUUGACACGCAGUUGAUGUUGGGAGGAAAUCACAAAUACAGCAUAAACCCAGAGGAGUAUGUAUUUGCUGCACUGAACCUGUACCUGGAUGUAAUUAAACUGUUCUUGUUCAUUCUACAGAUAACAGGAUUAGGCAAAUAAUGCCUUACAAAAACUCUCAUUGUCCUAUAAAUUAGAUUAUAAAUCAGGAAUCCGCUAUUACUACUUGUGUGUGUUGAUUUCAAAACAGAUCAUUUGAAUUAUAAAAACAUUGUUAGUUUUGUCAAUGAUUUUUGAGCCCAUGAUGGUUUUAGAUUGUGGUAAGAGAAAUUUGAAAUUAGUACUUUCAUUAUUAUAAACUAUAUAUUAUAUUUACUUUUUUUAAUGUAAUACAUUCAUUUGAAUUA